AUGCCUGACGACUCGGUCGCACCCCUAAUCUCUCCUCACUCGAUACUUCCAGAAGACCGAACUUCAACCCGCCAGACGACAAUGGAUCUCGGCGGUGGCAGUCGUGGGAAGAAAGGAAAAUUGAGUUGGGUUGUUAUCGCAUCUUACGUCUUCGACUGGGCUGUCCUGAUCGUCGCCGCUGCUGUUGGUGCCAUAUUGGGCGACAUUACGCCGAACAAGAGGCCCUUUUCGCUCGAAGAUCCCGAUAUCUCAUUUCCCUUUACAGUUCACGAAACGGUCCCGCUAUGGCUUCUGCUGAUCUGCGUCGUGCUGGCUCCAAUUAUCCUGGUCGCCAUCAUCUCUCUCGUCUUUGUUCCCGGAUCGACGGUCCCUCAGGGCACACCGAAGGCGAUGAUAUGGAGGCGCAAGCUAUGGGAACUUCACGCGGGCUUACUGGGGCUGGCUCUGUCCAUCGUGGCGGCAUGGCUUAUCACCAACUGCAUGAAGAACCUGUUCGGAAAGCCACGCCCGGAUCUCCUUUCUAGAUGCCAACCUGACCUCGCGAAUCUAAACCAAUACAUUGUGGGGGGCAUCGCCAAUUCGAGUAGCAACGGACAGCUCGUGGACGCCAACAUCUGCAAAAAUCCGGACAAGUCGACUCUGGACGAUGGAUUUAGAAGCUACCCAAGCGGCCACUCGAGCUCCUCAGCCGCAGGCCUAAUCUACCUCUCACUUUUCAUAUGCAGCAAAUUUGCCAUCACGAUCCCGUACCUGUCCCCGGGCGGCCACGCCACCGAACCCGCGUUUUCGGCCUUCCCUUCGAGGAUGCGGGUUAGCGAUUCCCACCCGGAGUCUUACGAGCUCCCUGUCCGUGGGGCAAGCAACUCCUCGGGAGAACAGAAGUUACAGUUAGCACACCGCAACCAGUCAAUUGCGGCGGCCCGCCGACAAGCAGCAGCGCCGCCUCUGUAUCUUCUUAUCGCUGCUAUCGUCCCCUUCUUUGCGGCCGUCUUCAUUGCCAGUUCGCGAUGGUUUGACUUUAGACAUCACGGGUUCGACAUCCUGUUUGGCUUUAUGAUUGGCACAAUUACUGCCUUUUUCGCAUUCUACUACUACCAUCUACCAAUCUCCAGCGGUGCCGGUUGGGCGUGGGGCCCGCGGAGCCAUGACAAGGCCUUCUGGGCUGGCGUUGGCAGUUCCAGCUAUGCAACAGACCGCGUGCACCUUGAAUAUCGGGCGGGUGACGAAGAAGAGGUGCUACAUGUCGCCCCUGAUCGGUACGGCCACGGCAAUGGCCGCGGCACCGGCUUAAGUGCUGGUAGCGCGCCUUCUACCUCUGCGAGGAAGCCUCAACUAGAACCGCAGGGCUUCGGAGAGCAGCACAGGGACAGCGCAUAUAUGGGCGGUGUUGCGAUAUAA